AUGGACGAAGAAUACGACUACUUAUACAAGAUAGUGCUAAUAGGAGACUCAGGUGUAGGCAAAUCAAACUUACUUCUUCGGUUCACUCGAAAUGAGUUCAAUAUGGACUCUAAAGCUACAAUAGGUGUUGAGUUUUCACAGAAAACUAUUAAAAUUGGUGGGAAAACAAUAAGGAUUCAGAUUUGAGAUACUGCAGGCCAAGACAGGUUUCGUGCAAUAACUUCGACUUAUUAUAGAGGAGCUGUGGGAGCAUUGCUUGUGUAUGAUAUUUGCAAUCACAGCAGUUUCGACCAUCUUGACCGAUGGGUCAGAGAGCUAAUGGAUCAUGUGGACCCAACAAAUAUUAUUGUUAUGCUGAUAGGAAAUAAAUGCGAUUUAGAAGACAAAAGAUCAGUUAAACCAGAUGACGCGCUUGCAUAUUCACAAAGAAACAAUAUGGCUUUUAUGGAAACUUCUGCUCUGGAUUCAACUAAUGUUGAUCAGGCAUUUGAAAAAAUUGUGAAAUUAAUAUACGAUCAGACUAUCAAAAAUACUGAAAGCACAAAAAAGACUGAACAAUCAGUUGUUGGACCAACAAAAAAAAUUGAAAGCACAAGAGAAGAAAAAAUUAGAGUUCAAAAAGAUUCCCAGAAUAAAAGUGGUUGCUGUUAA